AUGGCAAACAGCAACAACAACGGCAACGGUGUUGCGCCCUCUCUCGAGGUCGCCAUCGUGGGCGGUGGCGUAGUCGGCGUCAUCACGGCACUCGGUCUCCGUCGUCGCGGUAUCAAAGCAGUUAUUUACGAGCGAGCACCUACCUGGCAUGAAGUUAGCGCUGGAUUUGCAUUCACAGGCGCAGCACGGGUUUGGAUGGAGAUGUUGGAUCCUGCUCUCGUCGAACUCUUGGGCAACAUCAGCCAGAAGACGGACGCCAACACGAGCAACGCCUACUGGAAUGGCUACCACCCGCGAACCCGGGAGGAAUCUGAGGAUGAGUCAAAGUCUUUGCUCUUCCGGACGCCAACCAAUAACCUCAGCUUCUGGGGUUGCGUACGCUCGCAGUUCCUGCAAGGGAUGGCGGACCUUCUUCCUGAAGGUGCGGCAAAGUUUGGCAAGCAGCUUGUGAGCUACGACGACGACCACGAGAGCGGAAAGGUCGUGCUUCACUUUGACGACGGCAGCACAGCCGAGGCCGAUGUAUUGCUUGGCUGCGACGGUAUCCAUUCGGCCACCCGGAAAUUCAUGUUGGGGGCCGACCAUCCCGCAAGCCGGCCGGGCUUUAGUCACACUGUCGUCUACCGUACCAUGGUACCUAUCGAAGAGGGGAUUGCAGCCCUUGGCAACAAAGUUGCGAAGUGCGCCUGCAAUCACUUGGGUCCAAAUGCAGACCUGUUGGUGUAUCCGGUCAUGUCCGGAACUCUGCUCAACAUUGCCGUCUUCGCUUACGAAGAGUCGGAGUUUCCCGACCCGGACAAAAUGAUAGUUCCGGCAGAGCGUGAAGAGAUCAAGGAGCUUUUCAAGGGUUGGAGUCCCCAGGUCGCCGACAUUUGGAAGCUCUAUCCGGAGAAGCUAGUGAAGUGGGGGAUCUUUGAUCUGGAAAAUAACCCGCCCCCCACGUAUGCAACUGGCCGCGCCUGUCUUGUCGGCGAUGCCGCGCACGCCAGCACGCCGUACAUGGGGGUCGGCGCUUGCACCGGUGUUGAGGACUCCCUUGUCAUCUGUACGCUCCUGGAGUCCGUGCAGCAGAAGGCACUCAGUGGCGAUGAGCUGCGAGAGGCGUUGGCAAAAGCGCUGCAGACUUACAAUAGCGCAAGACUGGAGCGUGGCCGAUGGAUCCAUCACCACUCGCGCCAGAUGGGCCAGAUGUAUCACUGGCGAUACGGCCCUACCGGACGCGAUCCGCAGCGCAUGAAGCAGAAGUUGGAGGAGAACUGGGGCAAGGUUGUGAGCUACGAUAUUUUCGCACCUUUGGAGCCUGAAAUACGCGAGUUGGCAAUGAGUCAUUCCGCUGUGGCUGUUGCCUGA